AGUAAUUGUUAAGUUUGAUAAUAAAAUAUCUUCCCCAAAAUGAUCGAGCAUACCCCAAGCCUACUGUGUUAGUAAUAGCUUGAAGUUUUUCAUCGGCUUCCACCAAGAGUUCGUGGUCUUUUCGAGCAGAAGUGAGAGGUGCUGAAUCGUGACGAGUUUGAGCGAUCUUCUGAAAGGGCUGUAGGAAUGAGGCAAAGGUCAAAGCUGUAAGUCCGCAAAAACAAAAGGGAUCUCUUUGACAGGCGUCAGAAUUUUUGAAUCUUCGUUCAAAAUUUUUAGUGGACCAUGGGGAAAAAGAACAAAAUCGCCUUCCAGCCGAGGCCCAAAAUCGACUACCCUCCCGUCGCCACCAAGACCUGGGUACCGCCCGAUCAGCGCAAGAAGAGGAAGAGGCGGCCGAAGUACGAGAAGCCGCCGGGCAUCACGCAGAAGUUGGAGGUGUCCAGUUUGGGACAGGUCUGGCACAAGUUUCGCGUUUUGAAAGAUCGAAUUUUGCUGCUGGGAAGCUUCUCCGAGACGCACAAGAGGUACAAGAAGAGGACGAACGGAUUUCAAACGCCAUGUAACUGCGUGGUGGCAAUUGCGCUGUCAAAGUUCUACCGAAUGUCAAAAUGGGACUUCGGCACCAUCGACCAAAUUUUAGACCUGGGGGAUCAGUUGUACAUCUCGACGAUUCUUCACCAAAGCGAUCGUGCCAAGACCCACCUGCUGUUAUGCGAGGUGUAUCCCUCGUUCUUCUUCUACGACACGAAGGUCACGAUUACGUUUAAGGGAAAUAAGCACGUGGGGCGCCUUUACGAGGACGUCGACGACUCACCGUUUUUAAGCCGGGUCAUUGGCGACUUCUUCAACGAGCACGGUUCCGGAGUACUGACCGUGGAAAGGCAUCACAUGGCGUUGUGGUACAUCGGGAAGGACUACUACCUAUUUGACCCAAGCGGUCACGACCGCGAAGGCCACCCUUGGCGCGGUCUCCCUGGGAUGGGUUUCGCGGCGGUGAUGCGCUUCAAGGAUACGGACUCCUUGGUGAAUGUUAUACACGAAACCUUUGGCACGCGGAGCAAUCCGGGAUUCGUGCUGACUCCCUGCUCCAUCAUACGCUUGGUGAAGAUCGACGUGGUCCCGCCGGCCGCGAACUUAAUCCCGCCCCAUUGCCCAAUUGGCGAACCGGAGUUCGUGCUCGAGCCUCGCGUUCCCCCCGCCAAGCCGCCGAAAUCGGACGAACUGGAGGAGAAGGUCCAGGCGGUCGUGACUCUGGAAGAGGAGGAAGAUGUGAACUUGGAGGUGGAGGCGAACGAGUUCGCGCCGGAGGUCGGCGAAUCGCCGAAGGAGGGCGUGGUGCCGAUCGAGCGACCUCGCGCCGACUCCGUCACGUACUUUGCGCCGGUGAUCAGCGAGAGGAUGGGGAUCCUGCACGCUUCGACGCACCAGGGCGACCUUCGCUACACGAAGAACGGCGGCAAGCAGAGCGCGGCCAACGCGAUUUCCUCGCUCGCAAUGCUGAGGCUGUGCAAGUCGCGGAGGUGGUUCCGAAGGGUCGUCGACGAAAUUCUGAAAUGCGGCGAGAGGAUCUACGCGGACUCGGUGAAAUCGCUUCCGGCGGGCAGGGCGCUUAAGGUCACCAAGGUGGCCAAAACGUUCAUGCUGGGCGAUCGCGUGUUUACCCCCGACGUUGAGGAGUACACGACGAUCGGCAAGCUCAAAAGCACAAAGCAGGGGGUGCUCGACCUUUUGCCCGCUUUGGAGGAGUACUUUCGGAACAAUCAGACUUGUGUCGUGACGGGGCCUUUGGUCCUGGCAAUUUGGGCGGAGGAUGGACGGUUUUACAUGUUCGAUCCGAACGAGAGGGACAAGAAGGGGUUGGUGAUCGUGAAGAGCAUUCAGGUGGGAUCUCAGCUGCAGAUGCUGGAGUACAAACCGGGGGCGGCUUGCGUCACGUGGUACUCCGAGCUGAAGACCCUCGUCGAUGUGUACAUGAAGAACGUCGAGCCUAACCUGCGCCGUGAGCCGUUCUUCUUGAGCAAGGUCGUGAUCAGGGACUACGUCCCGGUGCCCGACCCCUGGAACGGAUUCGAAGGUGUCGCGAGCGGCAAGUGGAUUUUGCGCGGCAGCUUCAAUCAGAACGACCGCCGGUUCGAGAAGGAGGUGCGCGGCACUCAGUGCACGGCGGCGGCCGCGCUCUCCCUCGCGUUCGCGCUCAUCAAACCGGAGAGCAAGUGGACGACGGAGGACGUCGACGAAAUUCUCAUCCAGACCGAGCCCUACUACAAGGAGUGCGUCGCGAAAUUGAAGAGCGGCAACAAGUUUCGCGACGGAAAGCUGCUCGUCGACGAGCUUAACCGGAAAUGCGCGUUGGAGGGGACCGAGAUCAACUUCGACAUCGAGGAGUGCGCCGUGAACGGCCUGAUCGACGCCAAAGAUUACGACGACACGCUCAAUCUUAAAAGUGGCAUCGCCACCUUUUUCCGGGACAACAACAGCGCCAUCGUCACCGCGCGUUCCGUUUCCGUGGCCAUCUGGAAGAAGGACCAAGCGUUUUACUACUACGAUUCGCAUAGCCGCGACGAGAAGGGGAUGAUUAACGGUUAUGGGACCGCGUGCGUUAUGCGCUUCUCAAACAUGGACGACCUGGCGCUGAGCAUCGAGGCCAACCUGCAACCGGGCCAGAACAACUCGUUCAACAUCGGUCGCGUUACCGUCUCCGUUUGGGAAAUGGAGGCGGGCGGAGUCUCGAGGCCGCCCCUGAACAACUACGCCGAGCUGAGUCCGCACUCCGCCAUCCUGCGGUCGGUUUUCAGCGAACGCUCCGGCAUCUUCAAGUUGAACGCCGGCAAACAGACGAUUCCGAUGUGCCUGGUGGCGAUGGCCAUGAUGAAGAUCUACCCGGCGAGCAUCUGGAGCCAGGACAUCGUCGAGGAGGUUCUCAAGAUCGGCGAUAGGCUCUUCACGGACACGAUGGUCGCGCGCGAACGACGGACCGAUCUCACUCCGGAGGAGGACGUCGACGAGGUCUACGCGGAAAACUGCCUGCGCGAGUUUCACAUCGGAACCAACAAAUUCGUCAUGAAUUUCGGCGGACCCCUGGUCGGCAACUUCGAGCAGAACUUCUGGCCGCAGAUUAAGGCGUUCUACCAGAGGGCGCCCGCGAGCGACAACGACGAGUUUGAGCUGCUGAUCACCAGCAACCUCUACAAUGUCGCGACGUGGUUCGAUGGCAACGUCUACUACCUCUUCGAUCCGAAGCCGCGCGACCAAUUCGGACAGGUCUUCGGAAAGGAGGAGUGGAGCGCUAAGGUGGACGUGCCGGAGGACGAGGAGGGAGGCGGCGAUGAUCCGAAAUUCGUAAGCGAGAUGGCGAAGAAGAAGCUGGGCGGGGGCGACGAGCUCCCGGAGGUGGAGAUAGUCAAGCACAGUCCGUCGUACUGGAAGCGGAAGGAAACGGAUGGGGCGGCAUGCGUCGUGUGGUUCACGUCCGCCGACAAACUGAUCGAGCACGUUUACGAGAACACCCCGCCUAAUCGACGCGAGGCGCUGGAUUUCAAAAUGUUUCCGAUAACGGUCGUCAAUCGCCCCGACCUGAAGAACGUGUUCAACUCGAAGACGGCGAGAGAAGACAACUAUUCCGGCGAUUGGUACGCGUUCAAGGAAAUCGAUCGCGGUCUCUGGAUACUUAGAGGAACCACCGAUAACUCCGACGAGAUGUUUCCACCGAAAAACCGUGGGAGACAGUCGCUGGCGAUGUGCUACGCCGCCUUGGCGUAUGCCAAACGCUACGUGAUCAAUAAAUUUAAGAGCGGCACCGUGAACGACAUCCUAAAGUACGGGGACCGCCUCUACACCGCCACCCGAAAGAGGCGUUACCAAGAGCUUAGAGCGAACAAGGAGCUGGGGCUGAGCGCCGAGGAAAUCGAGACGAUUAUGAACGGGCAAACCUUCGGGGUGGAGGAUGUGGAGCGCGUUUUCUGCAUCGGGCUCGACCAGAUGACGGUCGAGCUUCACCAGGACGCCGUUACCGGCGACAUCUACGCCGAAGGCUCCAAGGACGUGGCCGACGUGCGAAGGGCGCUGGAGGAGUUCUUCAAAGACCAUCGCUUUGGAAUAAUCGCCUGCAAGAAUUUGACCUGCGCCAUCUGGAAGGGGGUGAAGAUCUACUACAUGUUCGAUUCCAACUCGCGCGGGCCCUGCGGGGCGACCUGCCCAAGCGGCGAGGCGUGCAUCACGCGGUGCCUAAACACGAACGCGAUCGCCGACAUUUUCCUCGGCAAUCUCCCGAAGGAGGGCCGGAACGGUUUCGCGAUUCACUCGGUGAGAAUUCGCGUGACGCCGUGCCCGAGACCGCUCAAGCCUGAAGAGAAGCCGGUGAAGGAGGAGCCGCCGAAGUACACCGGGAUAACGGGGGUAAUGCCCGGCAAGCACAUCUUGCGCGGCACCUUCAGCCAGGAGGACGACAAAUUCGGACGCGGCCGAAACGUGCAAUCGGCCCCGGUCGCAAUCAUCGCCCUCUCGAUGUCUCUGGUGCACAACCCGAGCACGUGGACGACCCCCAUCGUCGACGACAUACUCUACCUCGGCGAUGAGCUCUACAUGUCCACUCUAGAAUCCCUCGGCUACGAGUACAACCCGUGGGAGCAAGGCCUAACGGUCCACCUGGUGAACAAAGACUACAAGGUCGGGUUACUUCGCGCCAACUUCGGGCUGCGCACCACCGACCAAAGGGGAAUGAUCGACAUCAAGCACCCGUCAAUUAUGAACAUACGCCAGGGCUUGGAGAACUUCUUCGAGGAAAACACGCACGGGGUCAUCGAGACCGAAACUCUCACCGUCGCAAUUUGGGAGGAGGACGAGCAGCCCGGCUUCGUCUACAUGUACGAUCCGAACCCACGCGGACCCGCCGGCCUUUACCUCUCGGGCGGUACGGCGUGCUUGCUCAUUUUCGAGACCGUCAAAAUGGCGGCGGACCAUUUCAUCGCGAACGUGACCGACAAGACCAAACGGAGGGGGGAGUUCGUGAUAACUCCCGUGGAAAUAGUCGUGGGCAACGCGAAAACCAAGCCGAAGAAGAAAAGGGAGCGCGAUUGCGGGACGAUGGAGUUGGUGAAGGGGGAGCGGGCGGUGCCCGGUCCCUACGACAAAAGGCAGCUGCGGAAAAUGGCGGCGGAGGAACGCAGGAGGAAGGAGGCGCGCCGUUUGGCCAAGAUCGGUCGUCUGCAGUACCACGGCCUGCCCAACGGGGACGCCCUGCUGCGCGGCACCAAGAGUCAAUCCUCCAAGGAGUACAGCGCGAACUCGCGCGGCAACCAGGACAUCGCCAACUGCUUCGCGGCGUUCGUCGUUCACCGCCUCUCUUUGAUAUCGACGUGGCACUACCGACAAAUCGACAUGAUCCUCGACGUAGGCGACCAACUCUACAAGGACUCCUACAUCACGUACAGCCCUCGCAAUCCCAAACUGGGAAUGGCGAACAUCCUGCGUAAGGUGUUCAUAAAGGACGUCGAGGUUGCGUUAAAGGUCUACAAGCCCGUAAUGAAGAACACUCUCAGCGCGCCCAACCUGGAGCUCGCCCUCAUCAACUACUUCCAGCAGGAGCAGUUCUGCGUGCUCUCCACGCGUAACGAGCACGUCGCGCUCUUCUUCAGGGAGGGCCUGUACUACAUCUUCGACCCGCACGACUGCGACCUCGAGGGGAACAGGACGGCCGAGUGCGGCGUCGCCUGCAUCGUCAAAUUCCAGACGAUUCCGAACUUGGUCGCCAAGUACGUCGCCAAUUACACCAGGCCGGACGAGGGCGACGUAUUUACCAUUACGUUAGUCACGCUCGGGAGCAUUGUAGUGAAAGGGGGCGGGCGGGCUUUAACUAGUUAAGAUUACUUUUUAAUUAAUAAAGGGCAUAUCUUUAA